CACUGCUGUCGCGAGAGAGAGAGAGAGAGAGAGAGAGAGAGAGAGAGAGAGAGAGAGACAAGUUUCCUCUGCUCUUGGCGCACGGUCGCACAUCGCUCACUUCAAAUAAUGGCACCCAUGCGUCCGCGUGAAGCGCUGUUGCGUUCGGAGUCACGGUGCUUUCAAGAGAUCUGAGAAACCCAAAAAGUGUCACCAUGGCUGAAUUUGGAGAGAACAAAAGAGCCGUCGGUCUGCAGGUUGCUGGCUGGAAAGCUGCGUCAGGAGGAGCCGGGAUGAGCCUGGAGACGCACCGAGCAGAGCCGGUGUCAAACGGAAACUGCAGCGUGUCAGACACCGUGAAGAGGGUCCAAAACGAAUCCAGCUGCGAGUCCCCGACGGGGGAGAGCGCGGGAUCAGUUUCAGCCUCCAAACCAAUUCCUCGACGCAGCAGUCUGAUCAAGGAUGGGUCACGUGCUGGUCGGGAGAGGAAGAAGACAGUGUCCUUCAGCAGCAGCCUCUCAGAGAAGAAGAUCAGCAGCGCUGCAGACUGUAUCCACUCCAUGGUGGAGGGGAUUGAGCUGAGGAAAAUUCGUACCAACUCACGUGUAUACCAGCGUUACUACCUGCUGGAUGCAGGCCUCCAGGCUCUAUGCUGGGAGCCAUCCAAGAAGGAGUCAGACAAAGCUCGCAUCUCGCUGGCCUCCAUACGAGAGGUACGGACAGGUCGUAACACAGAAAUCUUCCGCACCAGUGGAGUUUAUGAGCAGAUUUCAGAGGACUGUGCAUUCUCUAUCAUCUAUGGAGAGAUGUAUGAAAGUUUGGACCUGGUGGCCAACUCUGCUGAAGUGGCUAACAUUUGGGUGACUGGCCUGAGGUAUCUGAUGCAGUAUGGGAAACACGCCUUGGACAUGCUUGCCAGCAGUCAGGACAGCCUUCGAAUUGGCUGGCUGGAGCAGCUGUUCUCCUCUGCCGCUGAAUCGGACGGACAGGAAGAUGCAGAGGAAGGGAUGCGCUUGCAGUUAGCUGUUAAAUUGAUACAGGGCGUGAACCCUGGGGUGGGCAGAGGCAAAGUGGAGCACAGGUUUAAAGAGCUUCAAAGAGUUAGGGAGAGGAUGCGUGGGCUUACUCUAGAUAGCAAAUCUGGAGUCAAAGAUAAUGCCGAAAACAAAAUACUAAUAGGAAGAAAUGAGCGAGUCACCAGGCAGGAGUUCAUUGAGGUCUUCCAUGACUUCUGCACACGCCCGGAGAUCUACUUUCUGUUGGUGCAGUUCUCUAGUAACAAGGAGUUCCUAGACACCAAGGACCUGAUGAGGUUCCUUGAGGCUGAGCAAGGCAUGGCUCAAGUAAGUGAGGAGACGAGCCUGAAGCUCAUCCAGGCCCAUGAGCCAUCGGAGCAAGGCCGGCAGCAGGGAUACCUGUCACUGGAUGGUUUUACCAGCUACCUCACCUCGGUAGAGUGCCACCUUUUUGAUAGCGAGCAUGACACCGUGUGCCAGGACAUGUCCCAGCCUUUGUCUCACUACUACAUCAGCUCCUCCCACAACACCUACCUCAUUGAGGACCAGUUUCGAGGUCCGUCCGACAUCUCCGGCUACAUCCGUGCUCUCAAGAUGGGUUGUCGGUGUGUGGAGGUAGACAUCUGGGACGGUCCCGAUGAGGAGCCGGUGGUGUGUACUGGACACACACUCUCCCCACCACUGCUCCUGCGUUGUGUGUUAGAAGCAAUUGGAAAAUUUGCAUUUGUGGCCUCACAGUACCCAUUAAUUAUAUGUAUUGAGAACCAUUGUUCACUUCAACAACAGAAAGUGAUGUGGCAACAUCUUAUAGGAAUACUAGGUAAGAGUUUAUACACAGAUCCCCCUUAUGAAGGGGAUUUAUACCUGCCAUCGCCGCAUGCUCUAAGGAAUCGAAUUCUUCUAAAGGGUAAAAAGUUGGGGCCAGGUUCUGAUGGGGAGGAUGGGGAGGUGAGUGAGGAGGAUGAAGGGGCAGAGUUGUGUCAAAGGAUGAAGGCGGCUAACAGUGGAGGGACAGCGCUUGGAGGGAAUGAGAAGGACAUGGUGCAGAAAACUGUCUCUUUCACAGCUGUCACUCAGUCUAAUCCUCCUCAUCUUCUUCCCAAACGUUUCCAACUCUUGAAAGAGCUCUCUGACCUAGUAACUCUUUGCCGCUCAGUCCACUUUAUUGACUUCCCAACAUCAUCCAAAAGCCAAAACCCUUGGGACCUGUGUUCCUUUCAUGAGUCUCUGGCGGUGCGUCUCGCUAGCGAGAGCCCUGGCGACUUUGUCAAUCACAACAAGCAUUUCCUGUCGCGGGUCUACCCCAACCCCAUGCGUAUUGACUCGAGCAACAUGAACCCUCAGGACUUGUGGAAGUGCGGUUGCCAGAUUGUGUCCAUGAAUUUUCAGACAGCAGGACUGAUGAUGGACCUGAACACAGCCUGGUUCAGGCAGAACGGGAACUGUGGUUAUGUUCUGCGGCCAGCCAUCAUGCGGCAGGAGGUGUCUUAUUUCAGUGCCGACACCAGAGACACAGUACCUGGUGUGUCUCCACAGCUGCUCCAUGUCAAGGUGAUAAGUGGCCAGAAUCUGCCCAAGCCAAAGGGUGCUGGGGCCAAAGGAGAUGUGGUGGACCCCUACGUGUACGUUGAGAUCCACGGCAUCCCGGCUGACUGCACAGAGCGCCGCACCAGGACGGUGACACAGAAUGGGGACAACCCUGUCUUCGAUGAGAGCUUUGAGUUCCAGAUCAACCUGCCGGAGCUUGCCAUGGUUCGCUUUGUGGUGCUGGAUGAUGACUUCAUAGGGGAUGAGUUCAUAGGUCAGUAUACCAUCCCUCUGGACUGUCUUCAACCGGGAUACCGACAUGUACCACUGCAGUCUUUGACAGGGGAGGAACUUACCCAUGCCAAGCUGUUUGUCCAUGUGGCCCUCACUAAUCGGCGAGGAGGGGGAAAGCCUUACAAAAGGGGACUGUCUGUGCGAAAAGCCCGCAAGGGGAGGGACUACACCGCCCUGAGGGACUUGGGGAUCCGGGCUGUGGACGAGGUUUUCAAGAUGGCUAGUCUUCCGCUGAGAGAAGCCACUGACCUAAGGGAAAAUAUGCAGAACUCUGUAGCCGUGUUCAGGGAGCUGUGUGGAGUGUCUGCAGUGGCUAACCUCAUGCAGUGUGUGCUAGCUCUGGGCUCCAGUGUGUCAGGACCAGACGGGACACCUUUACUAUUGUUUGACCUCAGGGACCACUACCCCACACUGGAGCCCCAGGGGCCGCUUCCCGACAUCCUUCGCCGGGUCGUCUCAACUUACGAAACGAUGGUCCAGACCAGCAGAGCAGUGAUCGAGCUCUCCGAUGGACUCCACGACAGGAUCCUGCAUAUACAGACAAUGGCCAUGGAGUUUCAUGAGAAGCUGCAGACUCUGGCGGCGAAGGAGGGGCUGAGGGGUCGCAAGGUCAGUCGGGCACUGGAGAGUUUCAGCUGGAACAUCACCAUCCUUAAGGGUCAGGCUGACCGGCUGAAGCACGCCAAAGCUGAAGUCCAGGAGAACAUGAAGCAGGUCCACGAUGCUGCUUUGACUGGAAACCUCACCAAGGAGAGUCCAGGAGUGAAAAGAGUCCGCUCCCAAACACGACGAGGCCAGGAUGACUAAACCACCACGUGUGCUAGAUGACCCUCUCGGCUUAGCAAGCAAAUAAAAGAGGACAUGACCAAACUGCCAACGUAGCUGCUGUGACAAACCCAUUUUUAUGUUACUAAAAUUGUCCCAAGGUCUUAAUUUGCCUUAGUGAGCUAUAGCAAGUACAGUGUUUAUAAAAGAGAAGAACAGAAGAGUUAAUGAAUGUAAAAGCCAUGCUCCACUCACAGAAAACACUUGGGAGUAGCAGGAGCCAAAGCACUGGUGAGAGGAGACGGGAGAAAAAUGACGAGGAUGAAUCAGGUUGCGCGAUGAAUGUAGAUGGAUUUUGAGCCAAGGCUAAGUUGUUUGUGCCGCAUUAAACUGUAAAUACAACAAAUGUCUAUCCACAUCUUAUGUACAAUGUGUCUUUAAGAGGGAGAAAAAAAAUGGUCAUGUUGUAGCUGGGUUUUCUUUUUUUUUUUUUACUUGCCACAUUUACAUUAGAAGCUUGUGAAGAUUGGGUUAAGUUUAAAUUAAACACAUUUUCUAAAUUAUAUAAAAAAUGGGAGAUAGGCAGGAGUCUGUUGAUGUUUUAUGUCUUUUAUCAUAAUAUCUGUUGGACCAGUGCAAUCCCUUUAUAUCCCUCUCCAACUUAUUUCCAUUAAGCAUUUGUAGGUUCUGGAUCGCUGCUCUUCAUCCAAUCAUCUUGAGGUCAUUUGUCUUGCCAUGAAGUUAUCCACUUCACCCUCUACAUAUUGUUGUCUCACAUACAGUAUUCUAUAUUUUUGUAUUUUCCUGAAGCCAUUAUGCUAACUAAAACCACGGUUACCCGCCAUAAUGAUCAACUCCAGACCGGUAAAAGUCUGUCUCUGGUAAACAAAUACUGUUAUGUUGAAAGUGCUUACUUUGUGUGCAAAACACUGUACAGUAUUUUACUAUGUAAUUUCAAUCCUUUUGCUGUAAAGAAUAUUUUACAUAAGUUAUUAAUCCUGAAUUAAAACAUUCCAGUUAUCGGUGCAGUAGAUGAGGCUCGACCUGUGCAGCUCUGUAAAAGGUUUUAGUUCAUUUUCCCUUAAGGUUGAGAUGGAAAUAAACUAGUUUUUAAAUGAC